CUCCCUCUCCUCUGAAAGCCAGGAAUUUCGAGCUCAACGACGUAAGGGUCCAUUUGUUCGUCGACUGCUCCACCUCUCCACAUGUGCGAGGAUCAUAGCGAGUGGGGCAGAGGGUGUCGUGUGCUAGAGGUAUAGAUUUUGAGGCCACCUCGUCAGCUUCCCUUCGCCCUGUCCCACCACUUAGAGAAUACCACUUCUCAGAGGAAAUCGCACAGCAUGUCUCAGACCACUACUAUUCCCUCGAAGAUGCACGCAGCUGUGCUGCGAGAGUACAAGAAGCCCUUCAGCUACGAGGAGGUGCCAGUCCCAGAGGUCGGCGAUGACGAUGUCCUCGUGCAGAUCAAGGCUGCUGGCUACUGCCACACUGACCUGCAAGUCAACGAGGGUGUUUACGAGAGCGCUGGAGCCAAGCCUGGAAUGAUUGGAAGCCACGAGCCCGCUGGUGUUGUCGUGAAGCUGGGCAAGAACGCUGAGAAGCGAGGUCUGCUGAAGGUCGGCGACCGAGUCGGCUCGAUCAACACAUACCACCCAUGCCACAAGUGUGACGCUUGCAGAAACCUCGGCGAGCAGCUUUGCAUGAAUGUCGGCGGUAUGCUGGGAGUGUCAGGAGGAAAGGAUGCACCCAAGGGCAAAGACGGUGGCUUCGCCGAGUACAUGAUCGCGGAUGACACCGUUCUCGCCAAGGUUCCAGAGAGUAUUCCAUGGGCAGAGGCAGCACCCCUCUUCUGCGCUGGCGCCACCACCUACGGUGCCAUCCUGGCCGCCAAAGCCGAGAGGGACCAGUGGGUGGGUAUGAUCGGUGUCGGAGGACUAGGCCACCUGGGUGUUCAAUACGCCAAAGCCCUUGGCUACAAGGUCGUCGCCAUCGACAACAGGCAGGAGGCCCUUGAUCUCGUCAAGGAACUGCCCAAGCAUCUGCAAGCCGACAAGUAUGUCCUGAUCGACUCGGAGGAUGCUGAGAAGAAGGCGACCGAGGAGCUCGGAGCUGCCUUUUACGACUCCAACCCAGGAAUGGACCGAGUGGUGAUCAACACCGAGGCGCGACACCUCGUCAAGUGGUCUCAGCAAUGUCUGCGAGUCGGCGGUAUCAUCGUCGACGUUGGACUGCCCUCUGGAACUACACUGGAGGUUGAUCCUUUCCCGCUGUCCUUCAAGGAGCAGACUGUCCGUGGACGUUUGAUCUGCACACCUGCCCAGUCGCAGGACAUGGUCAACCUUCACGCCUCGGCAGGAUGCAGGACGUACGUCGAGCAGACUUUCCCAUUGAAGGACAUUGCUAAAUGUCAGGAGAGGUACCUGUCGAAGGACCUCAAGGGACGCCUGGUGAUCGUGAUGGACUGA